GAAAGGGGGCUCGGUGCGAAAGCUCCGCAGAGCCAAGCAGCUGGUGCUGGAGGUAGGAGAAGGGAGCCUGCGGGAGGGUUGCGCCUGGGACCCGGCCCGGGCGGCGGGCGAAGAAGCGGAGCCAACUACGGGGGAGCUGGAGUUUAACCUCACCGAGCAGUUCAGCUGGUGGAUCCGCUCCGGAGAAGGAAGGCUGAGGAUCCGGUUGAUGCCCGAGAGGAAGGCGGCGUUCCUGGGCAGAGAGAGCAGCUUAUCCGCGGCCAUCAGAGCCGCCCAGCCCCGCCUGCUCUUUCAGAUCUCCUGGAGAGGUCUGAGCUCUUUGGAAUCUCCCACAAAUAUUCCUUCUCUCCCCUCUGAUUUCUCUGUGUGGAAUUUAACCUGGAUCAUGAAAGACUCUUCCCCUUUCUUCCCUCACAGAGGACAGCAUGCAUUUGACUGCAAUUUUGAAUUGCCUUGUGAACUGGAAUAUUCUCCUCCACUGAGGGACAAAGAAAACCCCAACAGGACCUGGCACAGAGUGAGUGCAGACGAGCUAAACCUUUUGGAUGGACCAGAGAGAGAUCACUCAGAGGAUUCACCAAGAGGUUCAUUCCUGUUCCUCAAUACAUCAGAGAGCAUGAGCCCCAUCAUCUUGAGCCCUUGGCUGAGGAGCAGUAGUGAGCAAUGCACUAUUCAGGUGUCUGUGUAUAGGCACUUCCAACAAAGCGGGGACUAUAUUGCUCGGCUCCUCCCUGCUGAUGAAAGUAGCAGUGAAAUCCUGAUGGCUCCAAGUCAAGAGAAAAAUGGAUGGGUGCUUCUGCAGAAGAGAGUUGGAUACCUCAAGAAACCUUUUCAGAUCUCACUGGAAUAUGUUGCGAAUGGGAAUAGGAGCAUAGCUGCUAUGGACUCCUUUGCGAUGAAGAACUGCAGUGCAGGAUCUUCUGGCUCCAAAAUGGCCCUACAGGGUUCCUACAACUGUUGGAAUGGAACAGUAAUCAAACUGGGACAGGCAUGUGAUUUCAUCAGGGACUGCGCAGAGGGAGAAGAUGAAGGAGAUAUGUGCAAAAAACUCCCCCGUGGCUUUUACUGUUCGUUUGAAGAAGGGGAUUGUGGCUGGACACAGGGCUCUACCACUUCUCUCACUCCUCCGUGGCAGAUUGGAAAUCCAGAGUACAGACACUCUCCUUCACUAGAAGGCUCUGCUCUCUUGCUAAACACCAGCGAAGUCCCAGUGGCAGAAACGACCAUCGUGACCAGCACUGUGUUUCCAGCUCCAAUUAGGAAUUCUCCCUGUGAGCUCCGAAUGUCAUGGCUCAUCCACGGCUUCUUGUUUGGAAAUAUUUCCCUGGUACUUGUCGAGAACAAAACGGGGAAGGAACAGAGCAGGACGUUCUGGCAUUUCACUAACAGUGAAGGUUUGGGAGUCUGGCAGUGGAUGGUUUUAUCUCUUCAUGACGUGUCAGACAGGUUUUGGCUUCAGAUCAUCACUUCAUGGGAAGAAGAAUCUGAUGCAGUUGUUGCUUUUGACAAUGUCUCUCUUAGCUUGGACUGCUAUCUGACAAUCAAUGGAGAGAAGACUUCUCGAGAUGCAGCUCCGGACUUGAGCAAUCUUCUCACCAAAAAAGACAGCCAGAAAAGGAUCAGAUUGGAACAAAAGAUUCUAGAAAGCCUCCAACUCAACACUGUUCCCGUCUCUGGUCCUGCAGAUCAGUGGCUGUUCACCACAUGUGGUGCCAGCGGACCGCAAGGACCCACUCAGACCCAGUGCAAUGAUGCUUACAGGAAUUCCAAUCUCAGUGUUAUAGUUGGGGCUGAAGGAAUUCUCCAAGGUGUGCAGAUCUGGAGAGUGCCAGCAACCAAUACUUACAGCAUCUCAGGCUAUGGAGCAGCUGGUGGGAAAGGAGGAAAGAAUACUAUGGUGAGGUCCCAUGGUGUGUCCGUAUUGGGGAUUUUUGACCUCCAAAAGGACGAUGCCUUAUACAUCUUGGUGGGCCAUCAAGGAGAAGAUGCCUGUCCUAGUACUAACCAUGUUAUCCAGAAAGUAUGCAUUGGAGAGAAUAACGUGAUUGAAGAGGAGAUUCGAAUGAACAGGAGUGUCCAUGAAUGGGCAGGAGGAGGUGGUGGAGGGGGAGGAGCAACAUAUAUAUUUAAGAUGGAGAAUGGAGAGCCAGUCCCUUUGAUAAUUGCAGCAGGAGGUGGUGGCAGAGCCUACAGGGCCAAAACAGAUACUUUUCAUCCAGAAAGGCUGGAGAAUGAUUCAUCUGUUCCAGGGCUGAAUGGAAAUUCAGGAGCUGCAGGUGGUGGAGGUGGCUGGAAUGAUAACACUUCCUUCCUGUGGUCAGGAAAGUCCUUGCUGGAAGGUGGCAAUGCUGCAGCAGACAAUGACCCAGAGAUCGAUGGUGAGGAUGGGGUGUCCUUUAUUAGUCCACUGGGUACUUUAUACACCCCUGCACUAAAAGUGACAGAGGGACACGGAGAGGUGGCUAUUAAGCUGCACCUUAACUGCAGCCACUGUGAGCUUGAUGAGUGCCGCGUUGAUCUUGAGACUCAAAAAGUCAUUUGCUUCUGUGAGCCUGGGACAGACCUGGCUGCUGAUGGUGUCUCUUGUGUAGCCGACCCCGGGGCUCAUCUCCCCCUCCCUUUGGUCUUGUCUGUAGUGACUUCUACACUGGUUGCUGCCCUCAUUCUGGCUUUUUCUGGGAUCAUGAUAGUGUAUCGCCGGAAGCACCAGGAACUGCAAGCCAUGCAGCUGGAAUUACAGAGCCCCGAGUACAAACUGAGCCGGCUGCGCACCUCCACUAUUAUGACAGACUACAAUCCCAACUACUGUUUUGCGGGAAAGACCACCUCCAUCAGUGAUCUCAAGGAGGUGCCUCGGAAAAAUAUCUCCCUCAUAAGAGGUUUGGGCCAUGGAGCUUUUGGCGAAGUAUAUGAAGGUCAGGUGGUGGGGAUCCUCAGUGACCCCAAUUCCUUGCAGGUGGCUGUGAAGACAUUGCCAGAAAUGUGUUCAGAGCAAGAUGAGCUGGAUUUCCUGAUGGAAGCUCUUAUUAUCAGCAAGUUCAACCAUCAGAACAUUGUGCGCUGUAUCGGAGUCAGCUUGCAGGCACUUCCACGCUUCAUCCUGCUGGAACUUAUGGCUGGAGGGGACCUGAAAUCCUUCCUGAGGGAGACACGUCCUCGACCGAGCCAGCCCUCUUCCCUUUCUAUGCUGGAUUUGCUACAUGUGGCUCGUGACAUUGCAUGUGGCUGUCAGUAUUUGGAAGAAAACCACUUCAUUCACAGGGACAUUGCUGCCAGGAACUGUCUCCUUACUUGUCAAGGGCCUGGGAGAGUAGCUAAAAUUGGAGACUUUGGAAUGGCCCGGGACAUAUACAGAGCCAGCUAUUACCGAAAGGGAGGGUGUGCAAUGCUUCCAAUCAAGUGGAUGCCACCCGAGGCCUUUAUGGAAGGAAUAUUUACAUCAAAAACUGAUACGUGGUCCUUUGGUGUGUUGCUGUGGGAGAUAUUCUCUCUUGGAUACAUGCCUUAUCCUAGCAAAAGUAACCAGGAGGUUCUGGAGUUCGUGACAAACGGGGGAAGGAUGAAUCCACCCAAAAACUGCCCUGGCCCUGUGUAUCGUAUAAUGACCCAGUGCUGGCAGCACCAGCCUGAAGACAGGCCAAACUUUGCCAUAAUACUGGAGAGGAUUGAAUACUGCACCCAGGAUCCUGAUGUCGUCACCACCGCUUUGCCUGUGGAAUAUGGUCCAUCCAUUGAGGAGCAGGAAAAGGUUCCAAUGCGCCCAGAAGACCCCAAAGCAAUCCCUCCUCUGAUGGUUUCCCCACACCAAAAGACAGAAGGUGAUAAGCAAGCCCUGCCUCCUCCACCCCCUCCACCCUCUGCCAUCUCAGCUGAAAAACCUUUGGCUAAAGUGGCAGCCCCCGAGCCUCCAGUUCCUGCGCGACCAAGCCUGGAAGGGGGACACAUCAACAUGGCCUAUGCACAAUCCACCCCAGCUUCUGAGCUUCAGAAAGGCAGGGGAUCCAGAAAUAAGCCUACCAAUCUCUGGAAUCCAACAUACGGCUCCUGGUUUUCAGAGAAGCCUGUUGACAAAAACAGUUCUCUGCUGGAGAAAGCAGUGUCCGAGAGGGAGAAUUUGAGGCAUGAAGGAAACGGUACUGUGGGGCCCGGUGUUGUGACUAAUAGGCUGCCAGGCUCCUCCCUGCUCUUAGAACCAUCUUCGCUAACAGCUAGUGUGAAGGAAGUGCCUCUCUUUAGGCUCCGCCACUUCCCCUGUGGCAACGUCAACUACGGAUACCAACAGCAGGGCUUACCCCUGGAUGUCUCUGCCCCACCUUGCGCGAGCAAUUAUGAGGACUCUGUCCUUAGAAACAAGAGCCACCUAGCCCAUCAGGGGCCCUGAGAGCCCUCUGCACUCUUGACUCUCAUUCAGUGUGGAUCUUGAGCUUGGAGAAUAUGUCUGUGUCAUCCAAGAGAGAGCAGACAGUGCUAACUUUCAUUAUGUGCCAACUAGCUCUAAAGUGCCACCCAUUGAAGCUGUAUUUUCUGAUCACUUGAGAAGCUUCAACUCAUCAGAGCCUGUACUACUACACAAAAAAAGGGGAGAUAUUAAUGUUAACUGCAAGGCCCAGCUUUCGGUUGCAUAAACUUAUAUGCAUGAUCAUUGUUGUGUCGUGCCCUUUCCUGUGCGCUUCUUCUCAAUUGUGUAUGCUCCUCUUAAAUGUAAGGGCAGGAUUCACUGCCUGAGUGUUUCAUGUUCGGGGUUUCCUUACCAAGCUGCCUGGUUGCUGUGGAAUGGGAUACUUGAAAUCCCCUAUGGAAGGCAGAGGUUUGAAAUGACUUGCGAAAGUACCAUUUAUUCAAAAUAAAAAGGAUGGAACAUCUCUGACUGAAGACACAAGGAACAUUCCCCAAGCUGCGUUACAGCUGUAGCAUUGUCUUCACAAGUCCUUGGACAUUAUGGUGUCAUUGGCAGGACAAUGAAAAGAUGCCAGUCAGACUUAUGGUUUGUGAGUAGGAUGGGAAGUAAAUUAACUGUAAAGGAAGAGACUGAAAAAAAAAUGGCUUAUAUUUUUUGCAAAACCAAAGCCAAGGAUAGUACUAGCCCUUGAAAAUUCUGUGCUAUAGAAAGGAACCGUUGUAUUCUGUCAGAACUUUUUGUUGUUCAGUGGCAUUCAGGUGGAAUUUUGCAGGGUAAGAGAAGUUUAAAAGGCCUCUACAAUGAGAAGUCACCAGUAAAUGGAAAUUAAAAGGUCUAAAAUGCCCUUUGACAUACCCUUUACUAAAACAGAAAGGCAGCAGACUUUGUACCCCAGCUGGAUUCUAGGCAGUGUCUGCAUUUGAUGGGUUCAUUACCCUACUUGUUCCUUUAACAGAAUUUUUGUAUGCUGCACUGUUGCAUUCUGUACACCUUCUGCAUGAAACGUGUGAUGUUACAAUAUACACAAAGAAUUGAAUUCAUUUGUAAAGAUUACAUAAAUAAUUUACAAUAUACUGUCAUGGGGCUGCUGAAGCAGUAGUGCUGCCUAAUAGAAAUAGGCUUAUGAGAGCAGAAAUAGGCUUAUGAGAAAUAGGCUUAUGAGAGCAGCACCAAAGGAAUAUAGAAGAGCUGGGUCUGGAUCCAAACCCUUUAACUUUGGGGAAGUGGUUCAACCUCCAAUUCUGGAUUCACACUUUGCAGUAAAUUUUCUAAUGAACGAAACCAGAACCCCAGAUUGAAACACCCUAAGCUUUGUUAGAAAAGGAUCUAAAUCUGAGGACUGUGACCAGAGACACCCAUCUUUAAAAUAUGGGUGCAGUGAAGUUCUUAUCCCUGCUCUGCCUCCCCCUACCCUUCUGGUAAAUAAUGCUGAAGUCUUAGUUGAGUGGUGUUGAAAUUGUGCAUCAAACUUUUUUUUUUUUUUAAUGAGGCUUAUGUUAGAAGGUUUGCGAUGUGAAAUGUACUAAUUCUGUAAGUGCUUUGGACUUCACUCAUCUGCUACUGGUAUGUUGCAUAUCAUGGCUGCAUGGAUUUCAUGUCUAUAGUAGGGGACUAGAAAUCAGGUCCUUCUGUUGCAAAGACAGAGGCCUCUUCCACUGGAGCUAAUAGGAUAUUUGUGAGCUAUUGGGGUAGUUAGUCUUUUUAGUGGACCAGCCACUAGAGGAAUGACUUGCUUACAGACUUGCUUACAGACACUGGAACAGGGCUGACAGUCCAUCUAGCUUAGAACUGUUGCAUUCACUACUCUUGCUACAAGAAGACAAUGUGUUCCAUGGAAGAGCAAUGACUGAGCUUUACUUGAUACUGUCAAGACUGUGUGCACAGCAAUAUUAUCCAUAUGGAAAGCUGAAAUGUCUAAAGAAAAUUUCAGUUCUUUCUUUCCCAAAAAGGAUCCAGAUUUUUUUUUUCUCAAAGCGAGUCUAAGGGAAAGCUGUAUGAUCUUUUAUUUUCUCUCGCUCCAUUCAUGGCAAGAAACAGCUCUUGCAGCAUGUAUAGCUGAGGGCAGAACCUAGUCUGUACAGGUACAUGUUCUUAAACGAGCAUAGCUGAAAUGUUAAUAAACUAUGACUAUCACUUUCAAGUAUAUUGAUCUACAGACCUGGGGUUGCCUGACUCUGCAACUCCUCCAGUUAUUGAUCAUUUCCAAUUGCUUUGGUUAAAAGUACCAUUUUUUAAAAAGAUGCUCUAGAGCAUCAGCAAAGAAAGAUGAACAGAUACAUGGAUAUUUUUUUCCCCUUUUCCCUAUUUGUGGUCACAGUAAGGCGAUGUACUGAGUGUUUUUAUUUUGCCUCUCCCGGGGUGUGCAUAUAGUCUAUUAUUGCAGGGAAGUCACCUUAUGUGUGUGUCUCACAAUGAGAGCAAAAACCAUUACUACUAAUGUCCCACAUGAACAGCAUGUUUUGGUCUGUGAAAAAUGGGGAACUGUAAUUCACAUUUGCUGACAAUAUUUUCUUCUAUCAUAUUUGGAGACUCUAAUGUAGCAUGAGAUUUUCAAAGAGGCAUAAACCUCAGCCACUUGCAACAAAAUUUUCCUCUUGAUGUGCAAAGUGCUUUGGACUCAGACAGUGGUGUUUAUAGUGGCAAUGGGCUUAGGAUGAGCGGAGUGGGGUCUGCUGAAUCUAGGCCAGGUUUAAGACUGAAGCUGGUUUUGAGCAAGGUUUAGCAUUAGAUUUUGGCCCAAAUGGCAGAAAUCUGAGUCAGCAUUUCUCAUGAAAUUUCCAUCAUCUUGCACAAUCUGUUCCAGGCACAUCUAAAAUAUGGCCAGACAUGAGCUCUUGUGGUUUUUGAUGCAGUGCAGACAUGGCGCCACAGAGGUAGGUCUGAAUUCAGCUUCAAACCCACCCGAAAGACAUCUCUUGGAAUCCAAAGGCAUUCAGAACAUGUAGGUGUGGCUUAUUUCUAAUACAAAAUGUAACUCAUCUCAGCCUCUACCCACAUUAUGAUGACUACAUCACUUGUGUAGAAGCCCAUUGCAGUAUCUCUCUUCUGCCCGCCCCACCCCACCCCACCCCACCUUGCUGGGUUAGUGAAAAUGCUGGGCAUUGCCCCUGUUCCACUACUGCAAACUAACCACUGCAGUGGAGUAAUGAAAAGAAACUCUUUUCCCCUGCUGCUGCCUCUUUGCUCUGUGACUAAAAUAGCGUCACGCUCCCUGUAUUACACAUUGCCUGUUCACCUUACAUUUUUAAUGAUAAUAGGCUUGUGUAAAGGGGCUGAAAGAUUCUGUGGUAAUAGCUCUGCUUCACUUGGAUUAUCACUGCCAUGCUUGGUGAAAUGAGCUGCAGACAUCCGUUCAGAUAAGGAACUAAAAAGGCAAUGUAUCAAGACAUGCAUAACAAGUUUUUUUCUAAAGACAAGCCAAGCAGGUGGGAAAGGCAGCUGAACAGCAGCUUGGUUUGUUGCCUUAGUCUCCACAUAACAUUAGAACAUGUUGUGAAUGGGAUUAUAAACAGCAGCUGGAGAGUAUUUACAUGGUAAUGCAAUGAUUGAUGGAUACUCAAGUUUGUUUGUUUUAAAGUAUUUUACGUUAGAACCCACUCCCCAAAAAAGUCUAUAGGAUCUGAAGCCAUUCAGUAUUCAUUAGUCAAAUGCUAUAGCAUCAGUGUAAUUCCACAGUAUUUUCACGGAAGUGAAUGAGGUUACUCUAGCUGUACACGAACAGAAAAAGCAAACUUGUCUUACUAUAUGGGGUAGAGGGUGAGUUGGCUGGAGCGAGGGAAAUUGAGGGCUUGCUACAAGCAGGUUCAGUUUUAAAUGCCUGACCACAUGAGCUCACAUGAUUGGAGCAUUUUGACAUGUCAUGUCUCCAGGAAUCCCACCUGAAAUACUGUACACUUUAAGCUUAUUACAAACUUUUUUCCAGUACCAAUAUUUUAAAAGUAAACGUGUCUUUGAAUAAUAGUUAUAUAAUAUUCAUGUAGCGAGUAUUCACCCAUUUUGGAACUAACCAUAUGUUUGGGCCUCGGUGAGUCUACUAUAAAACCAUCCCAUUCAAAUAUCUUCAUUUGAGUAUUACACAUAGGCACCUUCACGCUACAGUAAAAUGGGGGCAGCAGUAUAGCCUGAAAUGAAAGCAGUAUGAUGGAAAAACAACUACACCUCUUCUCCCACAGGAACUGUUUUCCCCCACCCCAUAUAUCUCCACGGAGUUGCAGGUUCAGACAGUUGUAAGGUGAAUUACACCAGGGAAAGGAUGUGGCUAUGGCAGGAUGACAGGAGAUCAUGGGUUAGGAAGUAUAAGGCAAUGGCUGCCAUCUGAGUUUAGGUUGUUCCACUUCCUGCUCUAUGGAGUCCUCCUGUGACUGUCAGGGAGUUCAUGGGCAAGUUUACUUAAGGCCCUUGUUGUUUGAGGUAGCCGACUUCAGUUGACUGGUUCAUUUUAAAAAAAGGUGAUAUGUUCAGUGUGUAAUGUGGUGCGUCCAAUUGUGAUAGUCACUUCCCUGGCUGUGUCUGGUAAAGGUGGUGUAUUGACAAAAUGAGACCAUAAUGCAUGACAGGCUUAGUCUGUUGUAUACCAACAGGAGUUUAAUUUUGUAAGCCUGGCCCUACACCUGACACCAUCAUCUUGGUAAAAACUUUGAAAAAGCAUAAAAUAGCCUUUUAAAGACAUCACACGUUGCCUGCCCCACAUUCCCCAAAAGAAAGUGUCUCAAUUAUCUGUAACGAUGCUUCAUUGGAAUGUCUGUCACCGGUAUAGCAGCUUAUGCAACACUAUGUAUAAAGGAAGGGCCUACGCACUUCAGGGAUAUUAAAAGACAUAUUAAUAUAUGGUCAUUGAGUAUUUUGUAUGGAAUAGUGUAUUUGUAUUGUAAACAAGUGUAGUGAACUAAAAAGCAUGAAUAUAAAUAAAAUGACAAAUUGACUCCAGCUCUUGGGUAAUCUAUUAAUCUCUCCACUAAUCAUCUCAACAAUUUGCUUGCAGGACAUCAGCUUGGCUUGGCCUGUGGAUGAACUGUUACCAUCACUAAGCUGUGGAAGUAAUUUUUAUAUACGACUUUUAGGUAGCAGUUGAAUUAAGACCAAGUUAUGUUAUCUCCUUCAGGGUAGCAGCCAUGGCUAUUUAGCAAAGUAAGUGUGAUUUAAAGUGUGUGGUGUUUCUUUUCCACAACUUUGUCUAUCCUGUUGCCACUAGAAAAAGAGCUCUAUUAGCUAAACAGACAAAGCUGAGUCUCCCACAGUCAUACUGGAAGACCAUCACAGACAUGCAUACUAUGGUACAGUUUUUUGGCUGAAGAGCUCCUGUAGCUUUAGCAAAGGUUAAAUAUCAUCCCAUUAGUGUACAGACUAGCAAACAGAGCAAGUGACAUUCCUAACUAAAAAUUACAGAACCAGUAUUGUUCUCAAUCUUCCUGUCAUCACAGGACUUUAGCCUUGACACUCCAAUGCGAUUAAACUAUCCCAAUGCUUAUUUUUUAUAGGACAGGAAAGGGAGGCCCUCCAACAGUGGGAACCAGGAGUCUUUGCUUUUGCACAGAUGAACUACGGAACUUGAGGUAAGGAGCAUUAUCCUCAUCAAUGAAAAGAGUGGACAGAUGAUCUCUCUGGGCUCACUCAGGAUAGGUCUACAUUGCAGAGCUAUUUGGGGAUACUAGAAGUAUCCCGAAAUUGCUAUUCCACGUCUAUUGAAGCAGCCCAUUAUUUUGAAACAGAUUUCAUAACAACAGGUGGCUUAUUCUGACAUCUCGGUAACCCUUGUUCCACAAGAGUUACGGGAAAUUUUGGAGUAGCGCAUUAUUUCAAGCGCCAAAUUAUGAAAUAAGCUAUUUCGAAAUAGCAUUGAAAUAUGAUACACAAUUUGCAUAUGUAAACUGCGUGCCUUAUUUCGAGCUAAGGGUGCUGUAUAGGCAUACCCUUACUGAGUUAAGGCAGCUAUGGAAUUAAAAAUCAGAAAUUUCUAAGGCCUAGACUACUGCUGAGACCAGAAAGUUAUUACACUACCCAAAAUGAGGGAGAAAAAUGAGAUCAAUCUUAUACUUUGUUUCCCAGCUUGCAAUUCUAUACCACACAUAUGAUAAACUGCAUGAAGAGAUAAAAUCUGUUUAUAUAUUAGAGUUGCCAAGUCUGUCCUAUUUACAUAAUUUGUAAGAAAAAGAAAGAACAAUAAUUUUGCAACUUUCCCCUCCAUUCCCCACAAGCAAAUUAUUUUUAAAAGAAUAGGCUUUAGUAAAUCAAAGAUCAGUGAAUAUUAUGUUAAUUACAGAAAAAAAGAUAGCUAUAGAUAUAAAACAUGGAAGAAACAGAUGUUAGACAUAGCAAGGUUCAAGGCAUCUGAACAUCUCUAGCUUCAAAUACAAACCUAUAAACAAUUCAUAAUAAAAUGUAUACAUUCAACAUUUACAAUGUUCAUCUUCAGUUAAAAAUAUUCAUAGACCAGAGUACUAUAUGCAGCCUUUUUAAUAGUCCAAGAAAAAUAGCUAUAGCCAUAUUUAAAAUACCACUGACUUUGUAUAAACUUCACAAAGUCAGUCUAAAAAGAGGAUGCUAAAA